AGUACCUCCCCCGCUCUCGUCUUGUAACAUGAACGAGCGGCACCUUUUCCAUCAAAUGUUUUCUUCGUCAUGGGCAAAUCUCAGUGCAGUGAAGAUCUCGCUCACGGCUUUUCAUUGCGUUCCGGUUGUUUGAUGCGCGGCGAUGAUGGGACGCGGUCUUUCACGCACUGACUGGUACCCGAGUGGAUAAAACACCUUUUUUUUAAAGAGGAAUUUUGCUGACUUCUCCAACUUUUAUUUUCUAAUGCUUGCAGGCCCUGGUGGAGCAGUGCGAUGACUCCCAUUCCCCUGUGUCUGCUGCUGCUCUGUGCCCUGCCCCUGUGUGUUCUUGCCUGGGGGGGCCACGGUGAUGGUGUUGAUGAAGAGUAUGGCUGGUCCAUGCAGAGGGUCCCGUUAAUUCUAGACAGGCACACAGUGCAUCUGCGGAGCCCCACGUUUGGUGGGAAGGUUGAGGGGGCAGGUGAGGAUGAGGUGGGAGGGUGUGGCAUAAAGUGCCAGAGUGCCCGCCCCCCUCCCGACUGGGCCACACUGGAGAGCAUGCUGGGAUACGAGACGGUGUACGAGAACGGCACACGCACACACAGCAACGUCACGCUGCAGGGCCUGAAUGACACAACCUCACACACGCCCUUACACACCCCCUCACACACUCGCAGGAAACGUCAGGUGUAUGGCGAGGACGGGCGCUUUGUCAUCUCGGACAGCCACUUCACCACCAGCUACCCGUUCUCCACGGCGGUCCGCCUGUCCACGGGCUGCUCCGGGGUCCAAGUGUCUGAAAAACACAUACUGACGGCGGCCCACUGCGUCCACGAUGGGAAGGACUACCUGCAGGGGGUCCGCAGGCUGAAAGUGGGGGUCCUACAGGUCAAAUCUAAACGAGGUAGGAGGGGUGGGAGGAGGAGAGGGGGGAGGAGAGGAGGAGGAGAGGGGCAAGGAGAGGAAGUGGUAGGAGGAGAGGAGAAAGGGAAUGGGAUAGAUGGAAAAGAACCGAGACAGGAGGAGAGACGGAGAGGAGGGAGGAGAGGAGGAGGAGAGGGGCAAGGAGAGGAAGUGGUAGGAGGAGAGGAGAAAGGGAAUGGGAUAGAUGGAGAAGAACCGAGACAGGAGCAGAGACGGAGAGGAGGGAGAAGGAGGAAGGGAGAAAGGGAGAAACAGAACAGGGUUGAUGAGACUGGAGCAGAGGGAGGUGAAGGAGGGAACAUGGAGAAGGAGAGGGGACAAGGAGGCGGUAGGCAGAGAAAGAAAGGUAGCAGAAGCAGCCGUGUACAACGCAGCACCGAACCCAAAACUCAGCCCUCCUUCCACUGGACACGCGUAAAACAAACCCACAUCCCCAAAGGUUGGAUACACACGGGAGAUAGAACCAACGCCAUAUCCCACAACUACGACUACGCCCUCCUGGAGCUCAAACAGCCAAUUAAACAGAAGCACAUGAAACUGGGUGUAGUGGCCCCUACAAAGCCCCUCCCCUUAGGUCGCAUCCACUUCUCAGGGUUCGACAACGAGUCAGAGGGAGGACAAAAGGACAAAGGGGGGGAAAAGGUGGUCUAUCGCUUCUGUUCAGUGACGGAGGAGUCAGACGACCUGUUGUAUCAGCAUUGUGAUGCCCAGCAGGGGGCGUCAGGCGCUGGUGUAUACAUCCGCCUCAGACAGGAAGUGGUGGGGUCCAAUAAGGGGAAGUGGCAGCGGAAGGUUAUCGGGGUGUUCUCAGGGCACCGCCGGGUGGACGGGGACGGGGGUGAACAGAGGGACUAUAAUGUGGCGGUGAGGAUCACUCCGCCUAAAUACGCUCAGAUCUGCUACUGGAUCCAUGGGGAUCCCAGCAUGUGUAGGGAGGCCUGAGACACCAGGGAUAUGUCAGACUGAUCAGAGUAAGAAAAAAAAUAAGAUAUGCAUUAAUGUAUCUCCUUUCACUGAGACCUCAAAGCGCUGAGGUGGUGGUGGACAAACUAACCAAUGGCCAGCACAGAAUGAUCAGAUGGAAUAGAACUUUGGAAUAUGGGAUGAUUUUCUUGCUUUGGUCAAUCAAACAGAUCCCUAUCCAGACUGAGGUCUCAGAAUUCUAUGGUGCGAUAAAAACAGGUUUCUUUGUCACAUGUGCUUUUUGUUUCCAAGAAAUACCCAUCGUGCACAUAAUAUGGGUGCUAAGAUGAGUUCCGUUGGUGAUGAUUUUUCUUGGGUAAAUCUUUGUUUUUAGUGUCUACGUGAUUCAGUUAUCUAGCCAAUGCUCUUUUUGUUAUCAGAAUAGGUUUUUUCCAGGGUCUAUAUUUAGAGUGUAAAUGUGUAUUAUGUUGAGUAUUUCCAGAACAUAUAUUUUGCUUGGAAAAAAAUUGGAUCAACAGUGAUGUAAAAAAAAAUGCAAAAAUAAAACGUCUUUAUAUUAAAACCUA